AUGAAAGCAAUCAUUGUCGAUAAGUGGCUGAAGGGCCCCGAGGAACUUGUUGUCAAGAACGUUGAUCUCCCACCUGAGCCUAAAAAGGGUGAAUUACAAAUUCAAGUCAAAGCAACAGGUUUAAACUUUUUCGAUAUUUUAAUGGUUCAAGGCAAAUAUCAGAUUAAGCCACCUUUUCCUUUUGUUCCUGGUGGUGAAUUUGCUGGUAUUGUCUUAAAAUCAACAGUUCCUCAAUUCAAGGCUGGCGAUCGUGUAUUUGGCUCAGGUAACUCUUUUGCUGAGGUUGUCAAUGUUUCUGCAAGCAAUGUCCUCCCUAUGCCCAAGAAUUUCAGCUUUGAAGAAGCUGCUGGCUUGUACAUUACCUACCCCACAAGUUACUCUGCUCUUGUUUUACGCGCCAACUUGAAGGCUGGCGAAUACUGUCUUGUUCAUGCAGCAGCUGGUGGUGUAGGUAUCGCCGCUGUGCAAAUUGCCAAGGCGCUGGGUGCCAAGGUCAUUGCAACAGCUGGUACAUCUGAAAAAUUGGAAAUUGCAAAGAAAUUCGGCGCUGACUAUGCUAUCAACUACCGUGACAAAGACUGGCCCGAGCAAGUCAAAAAAAUUACAAAUGGACAUGGUGCCGAUGUCGUUUAUGAUCCAGUCGGCUUAGUAGAAACUAGCACAAAAUGUACUGCAUGGAAUGGCCGCAUCCUUAUUAUUGGUUUUGCACAAGGCACAAUUGAAAAAAUUCCUACAAACCGUCUGCUAUUAAAGAAUAUUUCUGCUGUUGGUUUACACUGGGGAGCAUAUACCAAAAACGAGCCUGAACGUAUUCCUGAAGUUUGGAGAGCAUUGUUUGAACUAUUCGAAUCUGGUAAAUUGAAGCCCGCUCUUUACAAAACGGUCUACAAUCUCGAGACAAUUUCUCAAGGUUUAAAAGCAAUUGGUGAUCGUUCAUCUUAUGCAAAAGUUGUUGCAAAGAUUGGUAAUGAAGAAAGUAAGCUUUAA